AUGAGGGGGCUUCUAGGAAAAGACGCAUCACCAACGCAACCAGCUGCCAUUUCAGUCGCCGCAGCUCAUAGCAUCCUUCCAUUUUUAAAAUCUAAAAAUCCAUGUUUCACAUUCAUAUUUUUAAGGACCGCCUGCAUGUUUUCUUAAACGUGCUUGUUUUUAAUUAACGGAUUCGUAAUUUGUCCAUCCAUAUUCGUUGCUGUUCUUGGAAUGAUAACACGCCAAGAUGGUCCGCAUAGUUAGCGCGCUGGGUUUGGUAAUGUUCAGUGUCGCGUUGCUCAUCUUAUCCCUGAUCAGCUACGUGUCAAUAAAAAAAGAUUAUAUCUUCACAACGCCCAAAUAUGCAAAUUCGGGGGGACCGAGAAUGUAUAUGUUCCAUGCUGGAUUCCGGUCCCAACUGGCCAUGAAGGUCCUAGACCCCUCCUUCCUACCGCUCACCAAUGCCCUCAAUGAGGAGCUGCAGGAGAAAUCCACCAAAUGGAAGUUCAACCAAACAGCCUUCAUUGAGCAAAGAAAGGAAAUCUCCAACUACAUCGACGUGGCCGGAAACUUCACCCUGACGAAGAGCUCGGUGCACGUGGGCCAGCUGAUGCACUACGACUACUCCAGCCACAAGUACGUCUUCUCCAUCGGGGAGAACCUGAUGUCCCUGCUGCCGGAGGCUUCGCCCAUGCCGGACCGGCGCUUCAACGUGUGCGCGCUGGUGGGCAACAGCGGCGUGCUGACGGGGAGCCGCUGCGGGCCCGAGAUCGACCGCUCCGACUUCGUCUUCCGCUGCAACUUCGCCCCCACCGAGAUCUUCCACAAGGACGUGGGCCAUCGCACUAACCUCACUACCUUCAACCCCAGCAUCCUGGAGAAGUACUACAACAACCUGCUGACCAUCCAGGACCGCAACAACUUCUUCCUCAGCCUGAAGAAGCUGGACGGCGUGGUGCUCUGGAUCCCCGCCUUCUUCUUCCACACCUCGGCCACCGUCACGCGCACGCUGGUGGACUUCUUCGUGGAGCACCGGGGGCAGCUGAAGGUGCAGCUGGCCUGGCCGGGGAACAUCAUGCAGUAUGUCAACAGGUACUGGAAGACCCGGCAGCUGUCCCCGAAACGCCUGAGCACGGGCAUCCUGAUGUACACGCUGGCCUCGGCCAUGUGCGAGGAGAUCCGCCUGUACGGCUUCUGGCCCUUCGGCUGGGACCCCAACACGGGUCGCGAGCUGCCCUACCACUACUACGACAAGAAGGGCACCAAGUUCACCACCAAGUGGCAGGAGUCCCACCAGCUGCCCUCCGAGUUCCGGCUGCUGUACAAGAUGCACACCGACGGGGUUAUCAAGCUGACUCUCUCUCGCUGCGCUUAGAGAGCGGAGGGCCGGGGGAGGAGGGGCGGUUCCAUCUGGUAAUGUUCUCCCAGGACCGGAUUCAAAAUGGCCGACUGUGCCACCACCUGCUUCACGAAGUGAGAACAAUGGCACUCUGGCAGCAGGGCCGGGCGGACUCGGUACCCAUCCAAGCACACGUUUUGUUCCCCUCGCGGGAAUCGCUCCUGCGGUUACCUGCCACCACAGGUGUAACCGGAAGCUCUCGAGGAGGAAAAGAGGUUAACGGCGAAGAGCUGAAUGUCCUGUUUUAUGGUGAUGGCACCAAUCGAUGAGCUGAAUGGUUUCACUGUUUGUAUUUAGGAGUUGAGAUAUAACUUAUUAUGUGUCUCGGAAAAGUGUAAAAAUUGAGCAGAUAUUUUGCUAGUUGGACAAAUUAAAUAUAAUGUCUUUAAUGUUGGCUACAAAAUGCCAUUGGAGGCGUUGAAUGUUGAUACAUAGGCACAAUAAAUAAGUUGUUUAAGGCAAAGCUUCCAAACAUACAAUUGGGACCAAUUGUCUUAGAUUUGAGUUUAUAGAAAAGAACAAUACCCAUUUUUACACAUAGCUAUUUAUUUAUCUUUUCAGCAGGGCAUAUCUAUUUGUAUAUAACUUCCAGUUAAACUAGCAGAAUGGAAAAUAUAACCCAAUGAUUCAAAAUUUGAGAAAGAAUGAUGUUUUCAGAGGGAAGAGCAUGAGAUUACUACUAAUACAGUAUAUAUAAUUUGCAUGCUCAGAUGACUAAGCGUUGUCUGUAGAGUAAUUCCCAAGUUUAGUGAGUAUAUAUAGAUAGAUUCAUCUGUCUUAAAUGUGAGUCGAAGCCCUAGACAUUGAUCACAUCUUUUAAAUUGCUCUAUCUGUAGAAGAUCGCCAAAAUGUGAAAUACGCGAUGGACCAAUAUCAAACUGGCAGUUUGACAGCUGGUUGGAACCAGACCUGGGUCAAAUACAUAAUCGUUUUGGAUUGAAAUACUUUUCUAUGCUUUACUGCGCUUGUCUGAUGUAUUGGAACCUGUGAACUACUCUCACACAAAGUGCAAACCUUUCAUUCUGGUCCUCUUGGUUGGCUCUAUUACACCAGGCAAGAUCAACUGAGCACAGAAAGGUAUUUGAAUCCAAAACAAUUCCAUAUUUGACCCAGGUCUGGUUGGCACAGGGAAUUACGACCCCCAUCUCACAGCAGUUCUUCUCGCCCUGUGUUAUUGUACCCUAUGGGUAAUCUGGUUUGGGAACCUAUGCAUCCAGCACAAUGCCAUACCAUGUAUAUGGUUUCGGGGGUUGGGUAAUUACUGAAUAUUUUGACAAAUUUCAAGGCAUAUUAUUUUUCCACAGUGGCAUCAUUUAUGUAUUAAAUCUUCAAGGAAAUCUUCAAAGAUAAUAAUGUUGUGCAAUGAGGAAUGAGUAAUGUAUCUGCCUUGAAUUUGGUGUUGAUAUUUAAAUCCAAACCUGAGCCAACCUUUUUGGACAUCUAGACAGCAAUUGGUUUCCUGUGGAAUUGUGGGAAAUGUGUUGGUGUGCAGCUGUGGAUUGAUUAGUGUUGAGUCUCUUGGGGGAGCAGGGGUCAGAGGUUAGCGUGGAACAAUGUGAAUCUCCUCAGUGGGACAGAGAAGCGUGUAUUACUGUGGAACUGCCUCUGUCAGGGUAAACUUUCAGCUGGCGGAGGGGUCGGCUGUCAAACCCUGAACCCUGAACCCCGAAAAGAGUCAAGAAACCAUGCGUUAAUGUACCGACAUGAAUUUGCCAUUUUAAAAAAAGCCAAAAUAGCAGAGAUGAUACGAUGUGAACGUUUAAGGCAAACACAAGAUGAAGAUUGUAGUUCAGACCUUUCUGUUUGUAGCUGUUUCGAGUGUUGACUCGAACAGACCACUCUGAAGUGUCUGUGUAUCCAUGAUGGAUAUCAUAAGAAAUUAAUGCUGUUGUUAUGACACAGUUCCUUUCCACUAUUGCUGUGUUUUCCUCCUCUCUUGGCAGACUCUUAGUAGCAUCUAACGCAUAGUGGAAUAGUCACAUUUUAUAGUCCACUUUGUUCAACCAUAUUCUAUUAGUGAAACAGAUUCCAUUUUAGAGGAUGACGCCAUUUGAUGAUGUAUUAUAUUAUAUAUUAAUGAGCACUAUAUAUCAAGCAGUUUAUCAGUCUAUUUCAUUAUUUAUUUAGUUUGAAAUAUAUUUCAUCCUACUUAUUGGUUUGUGAUGGAUGUACAACAGAUAUGUAUCAUGUCUCCACAAAGCAAAUGCAACUUCAUUCAUUUAUCCAUGUGACAAAAAAAGAGAAAAAAUAUAUCUUAUAUUUAAGAAUAGCAAACUGUAUAUAUAUAUAUAUAUAUAUAUAUAUAUAUAUAUAUAUAUAUAUAUAUACUGUAUAUAUAUUUUGCUUUGCUCUUUCUUUUAUUGGCUUUGAAGUGGUUUGCUGAGAAACCUAUGAUGACAGUAUUCUUAACUUCGUGUCCUCAGGGAUCUGCUUGUAAAUGACACAUGCCCUCAGUGUGACAUCACUCGCAUAUCGUAAGCAGUGUGUUGUCGUGAAAUAGUGAGAAAUAGGCGUGUGAAGGCUGGAUUAUGACAUUUUACCAAAAGAGCUUUAUUGAAUGAUGAAUGAACAUCACCUUUGGGUAUUGUAAGGACACACAGGUCUCUCGUUUGCUCAGGUUUGCUCCAUGUCUGUGUAAAAGUCACACCAAUGCUACCACUCAUACAUCCCGCAGCUGUCUAGUUUACUGAAAUCUAUCUGUAGGUGACUUAUUUCCAUAACUCACGCAAUUAAAGCUUUUAUUAAAUUAUUAAUGUUACAGAAUCAGUGAACCUGUUAUCAAAGAUAACACGUUGAAAGCUCAUCAUAAAUGUUUAUCUAUUUUAAGUGAUGAGUGUAACAAAUGUUACAUUUUUUAAAUGAACAGAUAUUUUAAAACAAAGAAAUAUAUUUGUUUCUACCUAAAAUACCUCUUAUGUGAUAGGAAUUAAUUACGUAUAUACUGGAAACAUAUGAAAUGAUACUUAUUGGGAAAUCUGUUUAUUUCAGUUACAGUAACACUGAAAUUGGUGAACUGAGAGAUGGUGUAGGCAGGAUCUGUUACUGUAGUGCUAGUAGUACACCCGCAGUAUUACUGAAAUUGACGUUUCUCACAGUGUGCUCUGAUCUAUCGGACUGUCUGAUGAUCACUUCUCUCCUUGGCCUACAUCCUGGUCACAUAUACGGAUAUAUUCCAUAACAGUCAUCAGCAUGCGAUUGCAAAGCAAUUAAGAUUUAGUACAGGGACGGUUAGAACGUCCUGUCAACAGAGUACAACUGGAGUUCAGCUUGUUCAUUCAGCAGAAUGUGUUUCCUCUGAGCUCAAAGAGCCAGGAGCCCCGCUCUCCACAUGCUGUCUCUGUCCUCUCUCCUGUGUGUGUGUCCUCCGGGUACUGAUCAAGCACAAGACUCAUCGGGGAAGAACAUCUCUGCGUUUUCCUUCUUAGACAUUUGAUUCGAUUGAACGGGACUAAGCUACAUUGACGUGCUUUUUUUUUUUUCAUUGUGGAAAAACAGUGUAAUUUAAAAAAAACUGUGAAGUGUGAAGAAAUGUUUGGAUCUCUGAAAAGUGAAGUGUCAGAAGAAAUGUGCCUGCCUUCUUGUUAAAUGUGCCAGCAAGUCCCAGGUGAAGGGUGGUGUCUCAAAUAAAAUUCUGCUUUAUUCACCCA